AUGAAGACUUGCUUACUUGUACCCGCAAUGGGCUCCUUGGCACUUGGUGCUGCCACAAACUCAACAUUUCACAACCCGAUUCUCAGUGGUUUCAACCCGGAUCCCAGUUGUGUCUUCGUACCCAAGUUCAAUGACACAUUCUUCUGUGUUACAUCAAGUUUUCUCGCCUUUCCUGGUCUUCCAAUUCAUGCUAGUCACGAUCUGGUGAACUGGAAGCAUGUUUCAAAUGCUUUCAGUCGCCCAGACCAGCUGCCUGGUAUGGCGUUUCUCCCAAAAGCCACCAGCGGCAUAUAUGCACCGACGCUGCGGUUUCAUCAAGGCACUUUCUACUUAAUGUCAACCCUGGUCAACCAACAACUUCCCCGUGUUAAUGACUCUCGAUGGGACAAUUUCAUCAUGACCACCACGGACCCUUAUAGCUCAGAUGCGUGGUCUGAUCCCGUCCAUUUCAGCUUCCCUGGCUUUGACCCCUCGCCAUUCUGGGACGAUGAUGGGUCUACAUGGGUUGCAGGCGCACACACAGCGGCGUACUAUCCUGGAGUGAUGCAUGCACCGCUGAACUUUGAGACGGGAGAAAUUGGCGACAUCAUAAUGCCAUGGAAUGGAACUGGAGGAGCUUCUCCUGAAGCACCUCAUGUUUGGAAGCGCAGUGGCUGGUAUUACCUCCUCCUGGCCGAGGGAGGAACUCGAGAAAAUCACAUGGUCACCAUGGCACGGUCACGCAGCAUCAAGGGGCCUUAUGAGCCGGCGCCUCAAAACCCUCUUCUCACAGCUGCCAAUGACACGAGUUCCUACUUCCAGGCUGUUGGACACGCAGAUCUCUUCCAGGAUGCUGACGGACAGUGGUGGGCAUCUGCCUUGGCUGUUCGAGCUGGGGGCUCGUAUGGCCAAAAGCCUGGCCCAUACUUUGGAAAUCUGCCAAUGGGGAGAGAAACAGUGCUUACUCCCGUCACGUGGGAGGAUGGCGAGUUUCCCGUCUUUUCCAAUGUUACUGGAACCAUGUCUGGAUGGAAGUUACCUCCGGAGUCAUAUGUGGACGAAGGGGAGGGUCAGCUGAAUGGCGCUGACGACCUGGUCACUUUUCCUCCUGGAAGCAACCUACCGAUUCAUUUCGUCCACUUGCGACUACCGAAGAGCAGAAAUUACAAGAUCUCUCCUCCUGGUCACGCUAACAGCCUUGCUCUGAAAUCCUCUGUACUCAACCUCACUGCUUUCGACGGCGACUUUGCACUAGGACGAGGCCAGACGUUCAUUGGUCGACGAAUGGCGCACUCCAUGUUCAAGUACAGCGUGGAAAUCGACUGGGCCCAAUCCUUAAAGAAAGAAGAAAUGGAAGUUGGCGUUUCAUUGUUCCAAGACCAAUCUCAACAUAUUGACCUGGGUAUUGUGAUGCUCAAGCCAAAGGGGAGCGAUUUGUUGCAGCCUUAUCUACGCUUCCGUGGACACUCGGAAACCCCCUACCGCGGUAGGAGUGUAAUUCAAGAGAACUCGACACGUAUUCCGGCCCAGUGGGUUGGAAAGCAGCUUCGGCUGGAAAUCGAAACAAAAAACAGUACCCAUUUCGAGUUCAGGGCCGGCCUGGCUGGCUCAACAGACCAAGAAGAGGUCAAGGUACUUGGUCAUUGUCGUGGAACUGACGUGGUCCCAUAUUAUUCCGGGGCAAUCUUGGGCGUUUACGCAACAACAAACGGAAAGCAUGGCGAGCAGGCAUUUGAGACGUACAUCUCCAACUGGAGAUACCAAGGGCUUCGGCAGUUCAGAAGCCAGGAAGAUGUAGAUGAGGCUGAUGCGAGCUGA